GUAUAAGGUAGUGACUGGUAGGAUAGGGCGGAACGAAACAAUAUCUAAUCUAAUGGAACUAAUAAUAUUACAGAUACAUACAUCAGUUUCGUUACCAGUUAACGUCAGCCUACCUACUCGUUUCACUACGCUAAAAUUAAAAGAAGAGUUAGCUGCUAAAUAUGGACGAUUGUUGAAAUCGCUCAUAUCAAUCAACGAGAAGAGAUUAGAAACGAUGUAUAAGUUGCAUCGACUCCAUGAUUUGCCAUUAAGUGCCUUGAGGAGUAAACCAGAGGUGUAUGCUAUUUGGAGACUAAAUUUGAAACCCGACUGGCCUGAAGAUUUACUAGCGGUGGAAACUCAAAACGAUAAUACUGAAAGUGAAGAUCUCAUUUUACCAAUAUACGAUGACCAAUCAAACGAAGUAACAGAUUCAACUGAAGUAAUAGAAAGUGAGAGGAAGGAAGAACGAAAAGAGGCUAGUUCAUUAGAGACUUGGCAAGGUACAAAAGUUUUUUCAAGUGAAGGCACAGACGAUUCAGAUGAAAGAAAUCUUCAAAACGAUGAUAAAGAAGCUGUUAAGAAAAAUUUGAUCAUAGUUCCUUAUGUAAGUCCACUAAGUGGAUCUUUGGAAAUCUUCAAAGCUUCUGUAGAGGUAUCAAAGGAUUCUAAAGAUUUCAGAAGAUACAAAUAUGGCAAAAAUUGUUCGAGAAAGGCUAAAAAAUAUUGCCAAAUUGCGUGCAAGGAGGCUUUCAAGAAAUUGUGCGGUAGUUUUCAAUGCACGUCGCAAGUAAAGCCGAACUAUAAGAAACAAUGUUACUACAUGUGUUUAGAAGAGUUUGUGAAAGAUAGGAAAAAUUUCUCGUGUUAGUGAUAUAGU